GACGAAACAGCCAGAUCCUCCGAAUAUUUACAGAUGUCUCCAUCCGUGCAGAUGGGAUGAAUACAAUGUCAGUGGGGAAGAGAGCCUACUUCCCGGAGUAAGCUGAGCUGGUGGAUGGGUCGGGCUACAGAGGAACCUCCUCCUUCUCUAACCCCCCUCCUCGCCUUGCACGUAAGGGGGGAACAAAUGUGACUGUUUACAACAGACUGGAUGGGACGUUGAGACGAAACAAGAGAACUGAGAAAGAAAAGCAGAUCUUGUGAGAUACCGAGAGAACCCAUAUUUGUCCCAUCGAAACAAUGGCCGUCAGCACUGCCCAAGUGGGCAACUUAUCGAUCACCACCCAAGUGGUUCCAGCGGGUGAGAACAACAUUCCGGGACCCUCCGGUCUCACUUCUGCUCCGACCUGGACUCAGACACUGUCUCAGACGAAGAAGCAGCCCAUUAAGUCGCUGAGUGCCGUGAUCAUCCUGAUAGGGGCGCUGCAGCUGUGCUUUGGGGUCUCCAUGUAUCUGUCCGAGAGCGAGUACCUGUCGCUUGUUUCACGCAGCGGAGCCCCCUGUUGGGGCGGCCUGGCGUUUAUUACCACCGGAAUCAUCACUGUGGUCCUUGCCAGCGAGGAAAGUAUCGUCAAGAUCCAAACCUGUCUCAUCAGCCACGUGGUCAAUGCCGCCUUUGCCGCCCUCGGAAUGGUCUUAUAUGCAGUCCAGGUAUAUACAGAUUCUCAGACCUGUUGGGCGGACGUAGAUGGUCAUUAUAACACUUGUAUUCCCGGUAAUUCAUCUGACCACGACCCAUAUGAUUACCUUUACAGAUAUUACUGGCCUAGUGGAGACUUAAUUUAUGCACUGCGUCUGUCUGUGAAUUCUCUUAUUCUCUUUUACGUUAUUGUCGGCUUUAUCAUUUCCAUCUGCAUCGCAUUAUUGAGAUGGAAAUUGCUUAAAAAAGCCAAAUACACCUUGCUGGGAAACUAAUGCAUGGCAUGACAGAAGAGGAUUAAAACCUAUUAUUAUGUACAGAGAUGCAAAGUUGCCAAAUCGAGAAAUUUUAGAGAACGGCACCUUCUGGGCUCUGUUAAAGAUGAACGCAUUUUUUGGACAAAUAUGAAAAGGGAUGAAAGAAGACAAAACUUUCCAAACAGGAACUUUCUAUCCUGUGGGAUAUACAGCAUUAACUUUCAAAAUGGAACAAAAAUGUCACAUAGGGACUCUAUCUACUAACUUUACUAUCGUCAUGUAGUAAGUUUCUCUUUGUUGCCCAUAGAAACCAGAGCUCAGCUUUUGAAAUUGUAAUAUUGCUCUGGUUGCUAUUGGCAACAAAGAGAAUCUUACUAUAAGGCAGCGCAAUAAAUCUUUUCCUUAGGUCAUGUUUACGCGAUAGAAUUUCUGGACAGGAUCUGACAGAAAAAAAUCUGCUCGGAAAUUCUGUUGCAGCAGAGUCCCAUUGUUUUUAAUGGGAUCCUGCUGCAUCGGGCACAUGGAGGAAUCUCUUUAGUGGAAACAUCUGCCAUGGAAAUGGCAAUUUUAGUUGACAUGUGUUAAUCCUUUUUAUGGAAUCCCCUGAAAAUGCAUUGCCGUCUAUCACUGCAGAGCGGUUCUAGCGUCACCAUGUUCUGCCAGCGCCCAUUAACUGCGAAAUGUCUCGAAUGGAUGUUUCCCAAAUAUUCAACCCUGUGAACAUAGCCUUAAAGGAGUUAUGUAGUGAAAUAUAACUUAUCCCCUAUCCAAUGAAUAGGGGAUAAGUUAUAGAUCGCAGAAGGUCCGACCGCUGGGACCCCACCUCCUGAACGAAGCCCCAGCAGUCUGCUGGAAGGGGGCAUGCCGACCCCCACAUGGAGCGGUAGCCAACAUGCCCUCUCUAUGUAUAUAACUAUAGAGAUACAUGGAGUGGGCGCGUUGGCUGUGGCUUCCUGCGGGGGUCGGAACAGCCGUUUCCAGCAGACUGCCUCGUUCAGGAGAUCGCGGGGGAUCCCAGUAGUCGGACCCCCGCGAUCUAUAACUUAUCCCCUAUGCUUUGGAUAGCGGAUACGUUAUGUUUCACUGCACUACUCCUUUAAUGUCUAAACCGCAGCAUAUCAAGCUGAGUUUUUCUGAAGUCCUAUAAGUGGCUUUGAACUCUGUCUUUCAUGGCUGCUGUUCAGCUGUGUUAUCUCUUAUGCUAUAAUAGAAAGUAGGAGCACAUUGCUGGGGUUUGAUCAAUUUUGGGGGAGAUUUAUCAAAAACUGUGCCUAGAAAUAGUGGUACAGUUUCCCACAGCAACCAAUCAGAUCGCUUCUUUCAUUUUUAAAGAGGCCUGUGAAAAAUGAAAGAAGCGAUAAAAUGCACCACUCUUCUUCUACACAAGUAUAGAUACAUCUCCCUGUAUAUCUUUUUAAUUUUAAUGUUCUGUCUAGGGGGAGAUUUAUCAAAAAGUGCGUACAGGAAGAGUGGUGCAGUUGCCCAUAGCAACCUAUUAGAUUGCUUCUUUCAUUUUUCACAGGCCUCUACAAAAAUGAAAGAAGCGAUCUGAUUGGUUGCUAUGGGCAACUGCACCACUCUUUCUCUGGGCAUGUUUUGAUAAACUUCCCCCAUUGAUCUGUAAUAGGACACCCACAGCUUUCUAUGGGUCCAUACUAUGACAUAUAUUUUAUAUGUGCGUUUCUCAUUGAUAUCAUGUCAUGUUCCAUUAGAUGCUGUAUUAUGGAGACCAAUGUCCUAAACAUUAGCGACAUCUCUAUGAAUCCGCUGUACAGGGUCCAUGUAUGGGGCAGUAGUCACACGUAGUGGAUCCGCAGCGUAUUUUACACUGCGGAUCCGCUGAUGAACAACUCUUAGGUGUGCCUCCUGCUGUGCCCGCUUUGUGUGCUUGUAGCAGCAAUCCCCCGCUACGAGCAGACAAACAGGGACCUGGGAGUUGCAGUGUGUAUGAGCAGCCUACUCUCAGACAUUUGCCCUUGCCCCCAUAGUUUUUGGUUGGUGAAAACUCGUAGGGAGGUCAUAACAGAAAGUGAGAGGGCCGGGUUCCAAUGUGUUUACUUUUUUAAAGGAGUACUCCGGUGAAAAACUUUUUUUCCUUUUAAAUCAACUGGUGCCAGAAAGUUAAACAGAUUUGUAAAUUACUUCU